AUGGCGUCGUCGUCUCUCCGGAUGAUCGGUGAGUAGGCGCCGGCGGGGCGGGGUGCUCUGCGGCUCCGAUUUUCUUCUUCACGAUCUGGACGUCUAUCGGCAUCUUCUCUUCUUGCUUCGGCUGCUGAUCACCUGUUCAACUCCUUGUGUUGUCCUCGCUUUGCGUUCUCCUCUGCAUUCGGGCGUCGGCUCCAUCGAUGUCGGACGAACGAGGGAACAGACAUUGCCGUCAACUUCACAGGUGAGCGCACAGCGACUGAGAUGGAGGCCGUCUUUGUUGUAGCAUUGGAUUUGGAUGCGGCUGAAUGUGGGGGAGUGACUUACCUUCUUCUGGAACGUUUUGUCGCUAUCUCUCACCUCUCCUCGGAUGGAGACGUGGUUCAGACGGUAUGUUCAGGGGCGUUUACAACGGCAGGCAGUGCCAUGCAGCGGACAUAUCCAACGUCUUGAGGAGGGCCUGGGCCGCUGGGGUUGAACGGAUCAUCGUGAGACAUCGUGCUCUGUGCUCCUCUUCUUCCCACGUCUAUCAAUGUUUCCUGCUUGUCUAAUCGAGAGAGGAUACUUAGCGUCUGUCUCGUCUGUCUCGUCUGUCUGCUGUACGUGUCCAACAGGUCACAGGUGGUUCUCUGGAAGAAUCGAAGGCGGCCCUGGAAAUUGCUGAAACGGAUGGUUGUUGCUUGUACCCUUCUUCCUCACGUCUCUUCAUUCUUUCUUGUUUGUUUUUGCUUCAAGUUUUUACGUUAAGUGUCAAACUGUUGAUUCGUUGGUCACAAGGAUUCCCGCUACCAGUGACCAAAGUUUUUACGUUGAUUUGGUUAUGAGUACAUGUAGCUUUAUCUGUUUUAAGUUUCAUCCAAUCGCUGUGCCUUUCCUUGUAGUUCUCUAUUCUUCUCAUUAACCUGCUGCGACCAUGCAGGCCGUCUCUUCUGUACAGUCGGGGUCCAUCCUACUAGGUGCCAGGUGAGGGACCAAAACCUUUCAGUUACUUCAUUACGAAAAAAUGUAAAAAAAGAAGGAAAGGUGAUCAUUUGUAGACGCACCAAUCCUCCCACCACACGGUCUCAUCACUUGCCAUUCUAUCUGGUCCUUCAGCACAUUGCAGUGGGUUAUUUCUAGUGAUGUCCGUGUUAUUACAUUGCCUAGGAGUUUGAUGAGAGUGGGGAUCCAGAAAAGCACUUUCAGGCACUUGCAUCACUGGCCAAGGAAGGAGUUGAAAAGGGAAAGGUACAUUUUUCCUUGACUGUUUGCUGUAGUAACAUCAGGAGUGAUACGUGCAACCAUGGUUUCAGUUAUUCUUUGCGAAGAAAAUAUGCUAUGCUCUACCCAGAUGGUUUUGUAAAUCAAUUUUUCAUGGGCACUAGUGAAAUUCGAAGACUCAUUGUGUAUUAGAUGGUCAUAGCCCUGGAGUGUCCAUGUUCUAUUUUAAAAUGCUCUCUCUCUCUUACGAUUUCGGGAAAAUAUUAAAAAGAAUUUUCUUUUGUUGAACUAUGGAUAUCAGUAUUACUAAAUCUAAUUAUCAAGAGUGGUUACUUUGAUUUAUUCACGAAUCACAUUCUACCUUGAUUUGAACUGUUUAGGAAGCACGUGCUACGGUACAAUGAAUGAUAUGAUGUGAUGUUAGAUGUUAAAUAUCAAGCUCAAAGCUAGGAAACGGUAAAUUCACGAAUGCUGUAAUUUGGUGUUGUAGGAUUGUAGAUCUGUUGGAGCAGCUCUUAUAGUUCUGUUGCAUGCUAUGAUGUUAGUUGUAAAUAUCAAGUUAACACUGGGAAACUCUAUAGUCAAGAAUGUUUUAAACUUUCUUUUGUAGGAUUGUAUUUUUUGUGAGGCAGAUCUUGUGCUUCUCAUGACUCACAUUGAAAAGAAGUUUAAUGCUGAACUUCUGGAGACUAAAUUGCGACCCUCAUAUUGAAUUAUUUCUUUUUAUUUGUAAAACACCGUCAUAGUGUUUGCUCACAAAAAUGCCAUGAUGAGUAAGACACCCUUUGGGGCAAAUUUGUUCAUCUGGUUAUGAGUUUUGAACUUUUUGUUUCUUCCUUGUUUAUUGUCGUGGUUAAGAUGGAUAUUGUUAUGUCUUGUGAACUGACGUUGUUUCAUAGGUGGUGGCAAUUGGCGAAUGUGGACUGGACUAUGAUAGGCUUCACUUUUGUCCAGCUGAAGUGCAGAGAAAGUGGGCUAACAAUUUAGUUAAUUUAUUUCUCCAUUGCUCAUGUACUAUGAUUUUAUGCUAGUCUUAUUAAAUUUCUUACUUAAAUUCAGGUAUUUUGGGAAGCAAUUUAAAUUAGCAGAAACGUUUCAGUUACCUAUGUUUCUUCACAUGCGUGCUGCCGUGGGAGACUUUUGUGAUAUAUUGGCUCAAAAUAAGAGCAAGUAAUUUUUCUGGCCAUUCAAAUUUCCGAGAAGUCAAUAUUAGCUUUUCAAUGUUUUCUUACGUUUUUCCGUUUCCAUUUAAAAUACACAAUAUAUUCAGCAUUGCUGUUGAUUAAUUUCCUUCCAUGUUUUUAUUGAUUUGGCCAGGGGUCAAAAAGUAUCUUUUCACAGGUUCAAAGAAUGUAUUCGUUACAAUGAAAUCUGAGUAGAAUUUUCAGAAUUUUGAACUUGUUAUCAUGAAAUCUGAAAUGUGCAUGACAAUUAAUUGUGAGAAGGAACUUUUUAAACUUGAAAAAUUUCGUGGUCAUAAAGUGUAAAUCCUUUCUUUCUAUAUUUUAUUCUGGUAAAUUUGGUUCUUGUGAAGUGAGAUGAUCUUUGCAUAAUUUGCAAAUCAAAGAAGCUGGUAUCUCACAGGAUAUUCCAAACUAGCAUGCAUUUCUGGUUUCUCUCUUGAAAUCAGAGCGGGAAAAGUUGACUGCGAUUUAUAUCUCGUGAAGCAUGUAGUGACUGUUUUGGAUGUUUAAUUUUGUUGUUGUGAUCAAUAAGUUUUAGGUCCUUGAGAUGGUUAUGUCAAUUUAUUAAUUUUUUCUAUUAGGAUUACUAGGUGUAUCAUUUAAAUAUGGAUCCUUCCCAGUGAUCAUGCCUAGAACCUUUCUAACAGAGGCAUAUCCUUGAUUAUGCGGGCUGUGAAUGAUAUCUUCAAUGGCAUGUUGGAUGCAACUUUCAAUUGAAUGGGGGCUGAUAAGUUUUUAGCCUCGAGGAAACAGAAUCUGAAAUCAUAUAAUUCAAGGAAGUUGAGCUCCUAAGGGCUUUGUGUGCUUGUUAUAUUCUAAUUUUUAGGGCUGUCAAUAGUAGUAAUUGUCAUAGGGAACCCUUCUUACAUUCAUGAAUUUGGUAAUGAUUAUGGAAACAUGUAUGCCAUUAUGUUUGUGAAGGAUUCUAAAUUUAUGUUCCAGUGAUCAUCAUUGCAUUAGAAGCUGUCUCGCUUCAUGUGGAAGUUUAAUUACUUAGGUAAGCUUAUCACGAUCAUGAUAUUACUUCGAAGGAUUACAUAUAAAUCGACAACAAUCUAAUGUUUUCCAUGGUUAGAUAAAAUGCUUUAAUUUGGAACCUCUUCUACAUUUUAUAUGUCCUCAAUGAUUUUGCAUUCUAAGAGAUCAUUUCGUUUGCUGAAAUUGAAUUGCACAAUCACGCUGUUGAAAAUUGUGCUGUUUGGUUACGUUUUGAUGGCAGUCUGCCUUUGAGAAUUUUUCUUUCUAGAAAGAAAAGUCAUAAUGUAAUAUUUACUUGUUCAACAGAUUCAGCAUGGGUGUUGCACAUUCAUUUACCGGUACUGCAGAAGAUCGGGAUAGACUUCUAUCAUUUGAUGGCCUUUUCAUUGGUAAUUUUGUUUACGUUUGUUAUAUUUUCCAAAUUAUUGUCUCUGUCGCCUUGUUAUCAUAUCAAGAAGCAGAAACGAGUUUAACUUGGUGGAAUUCCUUUGCAUUCCUAGUGGUCCUUUACCAUAAGUCCAUGUACAGUUCAAGGUCUUUGGUGUCUGUGGAAGUUGUGCAGAAUAAUUGUCGAUUUUGCUCCCAUAUAUCCUUCUCUUGCUUCAUGCACUAAUUACAUAUGUUGAUCUGCUAUUUAAUCGGAUAAGUGGAGAUUCAUAAUAUCUCAUUGAUAUGCUUGGUAGGUGUUAAUGGCUGCUCUUUGAAAACAAGUGAUAACCUUGACGUCGUGAGAGGCAUUCCCAUUGAGAGGAUAAUGAUAGAGACUGAUUCUCCUUACUGUGAAAUAAAGAACACUCAUGCUGGAAUUCAUUUUGUUAAAUCAACAUGGCCUUCAAAGAAAAAAGAGAAGUAUGAUGAUGACUCUACGGUUAAAGGUCGUAAUGAACCUUGUCUUGUAAGGUAAAAGUCUUUUCAAGCCAUUCUGUGUGUUUAAUAUCAUUUCUCCUAUCAUUGAUUUUAGUCCUGAUACUAAAUUUAAAGCUGAAGAUUGGUAUACACACUCAUUGCCUUGUGAUUCUUCAUUUUUUGCGAGCUUUCUGUUUCACAUGAUUGGUAAUUCAAAAUUUUAAUGUUCUAGUAAGUUGGUGUUGGUGAUGAUGUGCCACUUCUUAGUUGCUUUUCCUAUAUCAACAUCAUGCAAUGAAUAUUAAUCAAUCUUCUUAGGAAUUAAUAAAAAAUUCCAUGUUAACGAUACCUAAAUAUCAUCAUUAUUUUCAUCAAUGGUAUUUUAAUUUGGAAUGGAUUGGAUUGGAUAACUGACUUUUCCAUAUCUAACCUGAUCUUGAUUGUUGUUGGAUCAUCCGAAUUGAACCAUUUAAUAGAAGGCAGUAAAUUCAGCAUUACCUAUAAUUUAAAACAUAAAACUAUAAAGUAAAAAAAAACAGGGUAACCAAUAAAAAAAAGGAAAAAUCAAAGAAAGAAAAGAAACGGAAAAUAUGAUAUCAUACGAAGCUACCAUUAUCCUGAAUUUCAUAAACAUACAGAUGAGAGACUUGUGAUAGAAUAUCAUUUGACAAGGUGGUAAUCUAGUUCACAUCUAAGGUAUUAGAUCUCGUUGUGAAGAAAAACAACAUGACAUAUGCUAAUUGGUUAUACGAAUAUUUAUUGAUCAAUGAUAUUGAUACGAAUAAAUUGAAGAGAAUUGGGCCUUCAUCAUGUCUGGCAUCCUUUUGGACGAAAGCUAUGCCAACCAUAACCAAAUGAUGAAAUCGUGAAGUUUAUAUAACAUUAUUCACAUAAAUUGUUAGGAGAUUGUGAUUGACAAUGGCCAGAAUUGUCUUAAAACACGUUCAUCCCUGCUGACCACCUGAAUAUUAGGACUCGAAUUUGUUGAGUCUGCUUUUGCUUGUUGAAAGUGCUGAUGGAAAGAUUCAUAAAGGUUGGCCCUUUCAUAUGAUGUUUGCUGAUUUUUUCAUAGAUAUCAUGUACUUGCAUCUUUCCUCUAAUGUUAUCCUUAACUGUUUGCAAACACAUCUUGAUUAUCAAAUGAAAGUAUAUGAAUAUUUCAUUCAUAUCUCUGCCUGACCACAUGCCUUGUCAUCUUUAUGUCCGAUCAAAUGCAUUCUAUCGCACUUAUGCACAAUUAUCAUGACUAAAUGGCUUACUAUUUUCAUCCAUAUACCUUUUUUAUUUCAUUUUUGUUCUUCGUUCUUUGAACUGCCUUUUUAUUAGACUGUAUUGGCUAGGCACUUAUGAAUCUUCCCUUAGGGAUAUUCCUUCAUUCAGGUUUGGGUAUAGAUAACGAGUUUUGAAGGAUGCUAAACACCUAAUGAAGAUAUUCCUUCAUGUAGGAUUGAAGUCUGGGAGUCUGUAGGCAUUUUGAAUAUUGGUGUGAGCCGAGCUCAAAAUUAGAUAUUGAUAUUUGCAUGUGAAGCAAGAGCUACGAUGUAAUCUCUCGAAUCAAUUGUACAUAAUCUUUCUUGAGCUCAUUGUAGAUUCCUUUCGCUAGUCUGUCAGCACUAGCUUCAACGUUUUCUAUGUACCAUACAGUGGGAACAUAUCUUUCUUGGGCGACCAGUAAACAGAUUACCAUAUUGGCUCUUGCCACGUUGUCCUAUGUUUCUGAUAGUAGCUUUCCUGAAUGUUGGUCGGCAGAUUUUUAUGUCUCUCGUGCCUAUGUUGUUGCAUUUAGACUGGGUCAUUGGGCAUGAUUUAUCUCUAUCUCUCUAGUUGUUCAGGAAUGAUAAAUGUGUGCAUGAAAGAAUCAGUUGAUGAGCUUGGGAAACUGUUAUUGAUUUUUGCUUUCUGUGGUCCUCAUCUCAAUAAAAAUGGCGGAGUUUUAUUCUUGCUAUGCUUUUCCUUGAAUCUUUGAUUUGCAAAAGCUUGAGGCCGUUUAUUUAACCAGGCAAGUUCUCGAGGUGGUAGCUGGUUGUAAAGACAUUGGUGAUAUCGAUCAACUCAGCAAGGUCAUUUAUCAUAAUACUUGCAGGUAAGAUGUAGUCGAAAUUAUUUAGAAAAUCUCUGGUAAUUCUUCUAGGUUCUGCGAACAGAAUGAUUCAUUAGGACAUUUGUCUAUUAAAUUUUAUUUAACUGCAUAUCAUAUAAUGUUUUGAAGUAGGAUAUUCUUGUGUCGUAAAUUUUGAUCUAUGCCUAUUUUUUAUGUUUGUCUCAACUAUUGUAAUGUCUAUGCUAAUAAAUUCUGCAUAGAUUAAAAUAUCAUCUUGUCAACGUUUUAUGAUUACCUCCGAUUGGUGGGGGAGUUUGCCACUCCCCGGCGUACCUGUGCUUAGUAAUCAGUGGAUUGGUGAAAGGCACUCUUUUUCUCCAGAGACACCCAAAGGGAACAGGUCUAUUGUGAGGUUAAACUUUGCUAACACCUGCUCGAUAUCACCUUGGGGUCUGAUUCUGAACCGCGCUUUGUUUUUGAUGUGGGUGCUGCAAACCUUGUUGCUACAUGUGCUGGUGCAUGUCUAUGUGAUAUAGUUUGUUUCUUUGAACCUGGAUCUACUCUCCUUUUCUCUGUGAAAGUGGGGUGGGGAGAAGAAGAAGAAGAAGAAGAAGAAAAAGGAGAAUAAGUGGGGAGGUCAGUUGUUUAGGCAAGUGCUUAGUCCUGCAGACGGAUGAUGCUUGGGGGGAGGCCAUGAGGAUGAAUAAAUUGCUAACAGAGACAGUCUUUUAUGGGAAUUAGUCAGCAAAUAAACUACCUAGUUUGAUAGGAUUCAGAAAAUGAUACUGAUUGCAAUGAAAAAAACAUUCUUUUUGGGGGGUAAAUAAAGACUGAAAAAAAUAUUUAUAUGGGUUGUGAGAUAACGAGUAUAGUGUGGAAGAUUAUAAUUCAUGUUGCUCAAGUUUUUGUUGACGAGCAUGCAGAAACAUGGACUUGGUGUUAUGUGGCCUAGAGAUCUGACCAAGGGAACUAAAUGCUAUAAAGCACAUUUACCCACGAUUUUCUGGGGAAUAAGGUGAGAACAGAGCUGUAGAACAUUUAAACAAGAGUUCAAUCCCGACAAGCAAUGGUCAACGAAGCUAUUGUAUAUGUGCACCAAUGGGCUGAAGGAUUGGAAACUAAUGAAGAUACCUGCCAUGCUCUCUUGAGUAAGAUUAAGUGGAGAAAUAAUAUUUGUGUUGCUUUCCUCUUUUUACUUAUUAAGCGUAUUAUUGGAUAAGUAAGGAAAGUUGGUAGUCUUUCUAGGUUUUUUUUUUUUUUUUUUUUUUGGUUCUUUAUGUGCUGUUCUACUCUGACUUAUAAGGGGGAACUUGCUCCCCUCAGGAAAGAGAUGGUGAAUUUGUCAGUAGAGAAUGGUUUGGACUAAUAAACUUCCCUUAAAAAUGAAAAUGUACAGAUGAAAAUUGGUCACCAAGCGUUCAAAUUGUGAAAGCCUGUAUUUAAAACAAAUAUAUGUUUUAUGGGUUGAAGGAGACUGCUGAGGAUCGCUUUUUAGAAUAUGGCACUAAAAGUGUACUGUGGAAUAUUCUUUGUAAUGUAGUCCAUUGUUAACUUCUCAGACUUUAGUAAUUUAUUCUAAAAUUGACUACAAAUCACAUUUGCUAGAAGGUUUUCUUACCAUGUAUCUCGUGGGGAAUUUCAAGAAAGAGAAAUAACAGAAAAUUCUGGCUGAAAUUCAGGAACACAAGACCGGAUUGGCAGAGUCCUAUAUAUGUUUUUAGUGGGUAUAGAGCAAUUGAAAUGGGAGGUUAACAUCAAGAAUGCCAAAAAUAUUCCACAGUCAUUCUUCUUUGUUUCCCAUUUCUUAUUAUCAUCUUGUUACAGAAGUGGCGGACUUUCCCUUUGUCACCUGCUUGUGAUAUUUGCUUCUGUUUGCCUUGGAUUUACUUGAUUAAUAUGGUAGUAGCCUGCACCACCAUCUGGUAAACAUUGAUUAAUUAUAAGAAUAGACAGUAGUCACUUGGAUCCAUGACUGCCCUGUUCAUGAUUGCGUGGGAUCUUAUAUUAAACGAUCUUCUGAUUUUACUCUCGAUGGUUUUUUUAUUUCAAUGUAAAAAUAUUCCCCUUAAAUUUUUAGUUGUGUGAUCCAGUUCAUAUUUAUCUAUACUCUUGACAUUUUGAAAUCUCAUCUGAGCUGGGCUCAUUUUUCAUUAAGAUAUUUUUGAAAAAUCUGGAUCAUCGUCAAAAUCUAGUCAGUUUCGCAUUGUAUGGGAUAUAAAUUAGAUCUUACUGUUCUGUAUAUCACCUUAUUCAUUGCGAGUUAAAUAAUGUGAAUUAAUUAUUGGAAUUUUCUCUCAUCGUUACUGUUAUCAUAGUGUUUAGACAUAAUAAAAUAUGAUCAUCUUGUGGAAGGUGCUGUGAUUUUGUGAUUAUUACUGUUAUUAUCACUUAUUCGAUCAUUUAAUAGAAGACAUGAUAACCAAUGAAAAAAUUGCUUCCAUUAGCAUUAAUAAUACUACUCGGGCUUAUUUUCAUAAUUGGACAGCAUUUAUGCCUUCCAUGAAGAACGUGUAUGUGUUCUUUUUCAAAAUGUCUUCCUCGCUGUUGAGAAACAUAGGUUGAGUAGGAAAUUGGACAGGUGGAGGAAGGUUGACUCUGUGACCCCUUCUAAUAAUAUACCCUCAGAUUAUUAGAAAAUCUCCCUCAUUACAUGAUCACGAUUUAGAACUCUCACACAUGCUAUUGACCAUUCCGAUUGAUCUGUGGCAAUUUGCACCAUUACAUAACGUUUGCCUAUUAUUUGCAUUUAUGACAAGAAAGAAUCAUAUGUCUCAUCUCAAAUGAGCCUUUUUCUACUGAGAACCCUCUCAUCACCAAUAAGCCAACACCAUUUUUAUUUCUUUCUUUUUUCUUUUUGACUGAAGAGAAUAAAAUGAUCUAUUCAAGUUUCUCAUGUAGUGUAACAUUUUCUGUAGGGUUUUCUUCCCUCAUGAUCUUGAUUCAGCAGCAGACGCUCUCCUUGACAACAGUGUUCACAUCUAG